CUCCAACUUUCUUCCCUCUUUGAGUUAUAGAGAGAGAGGCUUUGCUUCUAUUAGCAAAGAAGAUAUAUAAAAUAUCAGAUAAAUGCCAUUAACCUUGGCUAUUGGCUGGUCUUCUUCUUCUCAUCCCGAGUGCAAUCGAAGAGAAACAGAAAAAGGAAUCAUGUGCACUGAAGAAAAUGCCUUGGAUGUUGAUAAGGUGCAAACUCUUGAAGCCAAGUUACAGCGUUUAUAUAAAGAGAACGAGGAGCUCAAUCAUAUGCUUAAUUUAAUGAGCAAUAACUGCAAUAUUCUUCAAGACCAGUUGAACAAGAAGAAGACAAAUGAGAUGUACACCAUGACUGAGAAUUUCUCUAGCCAAGAUUCAUUCAAUAGACGGGUAACAAAUACGUUCAAAGCAAAAUCGUCGCAAGUCUUUAUAAGAACCAAUGAGGCAGACACUAACUUGAUAGUGAAAGAUGGUUAUCAAUGGAGGAAGUAUGGACAGAAGAUCACUAAAGAUAAUCCAUGGCCGCGGGCUUAUUUUAGAUGUUCUACCACUCCAAAUUGUCCCGUCAAGAGGAAGGUGCAAAGAUGUGUGGAUGAUAAAUCAAUUCUCAUGGUAACAUAUGAAGGAGAGCACACUCAUGCGCUCAUCAAUGGACCCGAAGGCUCGACUUCUUCACCACGUGGCUCAAACCCUAGUUUAGCAUAUUCUGUCCCCGUUAAUGUGCUUCAACCAACCGUCACCCUUGAUCUAACCCUGUGUAGGACCAAUCAAGAGAUAAAUAGACCUGCACAGAAUUUCAACAACAACAACAAUAAUGUGGCUGAGUAUGUAGCAUCUUUAACUAGAAAUCCCAACUUCACUGCAACGUUAGCAGCUAUAAUUGCACAAUCCAUUGUAAACUCUCCUUAUUCACCCCAGAGGUGAAAUUUUAAGUUGAAUUAUUUGAAAUCAUUGGAAUGAGAAAAAAUUAAGAAGUUGGAUGAUUUUGCAUGUUUGAAAAGACUCCUUUAUAAGUGAUUUCUUUUUAAUUUCUUUAGGAUGUGUUUGGAUGCACCAAAUAUCAUGAAAGUUCAUGAUAUUUUGUGGUUAAUCUGUAUAAGGGUGUAUUUAGUUGCACCAAAUGUCAUGAAAUCUUGGGAAACUUUGCACCAAAUUUGUAACACCCUGGAUAUUAAAACCUGAGGAUGAUCGCUCGAGUAUGAGAACCCGAGUAUUACACUAUGAAGUAACAACUUUACAUCUAAUCAAUAGAAAAUUUCAUGACG